CAUAUAGCGGUGACCACCUGUGAACACUCGUGUAGACCCACCAAAAGUCCUUCCAAAUAGGACAAAGGCUUCCUUAAUAAUUGUUAAUUAUUUCUAAUGUUGAGCAUAAUUAACAGGUCAUUGCGGUAUAAUGAAGAACACAAAGUGUGUAAAGGCCAAGGCCUUACCCAAUGUAUUAAAGGCGAGUUUAAGAACUUUGAUCUCUGGUGAUUAUGAUAACAACUGGACACGAGAAUAUUAUUACUACACAUUGAUACACCUUAGUUUAGUUUUACGGAUUAAUUUUUAAAUCGUAAAAACAUUAAAGAGUUUACAGCUAUAGGAUUUAUUAACUAGACAGCGUGUAGGGGAGAUGAAAGCUUUCACAGCAUUUUUACUCUUAGAUUAAUUAUUGUAUUGAUGAGGUUUUUUUAAACUGUUUUAAUGGUUUAAAUGGCUAUUUAUGAAUUAGAAAUUUCUCUGAAUUGGCCAAAUUUCAGUGAUAUUCGGAAAUAUUGUGUAGUUAAAAACAAGAUCAUCUUUCAAACAAAGUUUAUAUUGUGACAUUUUAAUGAAUAAGCUGCGUGUAAACAUUUACGUUUUUGCAUUGUUGCAAAAGUAAAUACAUAAUAGUACAAGUUUGAAAUCAGACAAUUAAAUUCAUAAAACACAGUAGACAAUCGAAGAUUCCUUACCACUACUAUUUUUAGUUUGUAUUUUUACAGGACAAAUCUGGUCUAAAAUGCGAUUAUGUUCAGUUCAUAUAAUUCUGAGCUCAAUAAUCCAAAAUAUUGAUAGUUAAGAAUAGAUUUAUAGGCCACAAUGCCUUAUAAGGUAAGGAUACUUUAUUAUAGAAAAAGCAAAAGCUGUUAAGUCGACACAUCUAUUCAAAGAGGUUUCACAAUACAUUUAGAAUGGAACCAGAUGGCCUACUUUAUUCGUCUUUUGCUUUUAUUUUUUUCUUUACUUGUGCUCAUACCAAAUAACAAACUACAUUUUUAAUUACAGACAAUAGCAAAUCUGCAUCCAUGAAUGUAAAAUUUAGGAAGCAACAAAAUCAAAAUGUUUACGCAAAUCAGACGAGCGUGGAAGCGCUGACGUCAUUUUGAAAGCUAGCGAUCUGACGACAUUACCCACAAUGCAUUUUUGGAGCGAGUUUCCGGUCAAAUUUACACAGUCCAAAGAUGGCGGACCUCUUGGGCUCGAUCUUGAGCUCGAUGGAGAAACCUCCAACCGUUCACGACCAGGAAAGCCGGCGGAAAGCUAGAGAACAAGCAGCCAGGCUGAAGAAGAUGGAGGAGGAUGAGAAGAGGAAAAAAGCAGAGUUUCGAAAAAAGAUGGAGAAGGAGGUGUCACACUUUAUUCAGGACAGCACGCAACAGAAGAAGAAGUAUAACCCAAUGGGAAAGAUUGAGCGAAGCAUAUUGCAUGAUGUGGCAGAGGUGGCAGGCCUGACCUCUUUUUCCUUUGGUGAGGAUGAAGAAAGCAGAUAUGUCAUGCUGUUUAAAAGGGAAUUUGCACCGUCAGAUGAGGAACUGGAGGCGUAUCGUAAAGGUGAGGAGUGGGAUCCACAGAAAGCCGAGGAGAGACGCAAGCUAAAGGAGCAGGCCGCAUUGGAGAUGGAAGCGGCCAGUCGCACUCAGAUGAGACCUGUCUCACCCAAUUCAAACUACAGAGACAAAUACAGCCAUCUGAUUGGGACGUCUGCAGCUAAAGACGCUGCCCACACUCUACAAGCCAACCAGUCAUACGGCUGUGUCCCUGUGGCCAAUAAGAGGGACACACGCUCCAUCGAGGAAGCCAUGAAUGAGAUCAGAGCCAAAAAACGGCUGAAGAAGGGUGAAGAAGAGGCAGCUGGCAGUGGAAGUAAUGUGUGAGAAAGAUGUGUGUGUACAUGAACAAGAAUUGUUAUGCACGGUAGAAGGGUUACUGGACAAUGUUUUACUCUAUAACAAUGUUUUACAUAAACUAAACUUUACCUGUGAGAUUUAGUAAAGGUGAAAUGUUAUGCACAUAAUGGCAGUCCAGAACUGCAACUGUACUGUUCAAGGAUUUUGAGUCUGUACCCUUCCCAAAUGAUGUGUUUUUAGAGCUUAAAAUGAGCAUAGUUAGAAAUAUUUGGUGUUUAAAUGUAUGAAUAACUUUUCAUUUUGGCCUGGUCAUUUCUACUAGCUCAAUGUUAAAAGAAACUUCUUUAGAAUGUUUUUAGUUUCAUUGCUAGCUGUGUUUCAGUUGCACAGUCAGGAUAUUUAUUGCCUUUACGUAUUUGUGAUAGUUAUAAUCUAACGCCAUUGCCAUUUUAAUCAUUUUGUCUUGCGCAUUUUAAAUCAUGAGAUGGUUUUUCAAUAAACAAGCAGUUGUUUC